CGUUUAAUACUUGAGGCUUUUUUUUUACUUAUACCGCCCCCUGGGGAGCAGUGGGGGAGUAAUAAUUAACCGCCUUUUUUUUUGUCCCUGGGCGACACACAACCUUAAAAUUUUUUAUUUAUUUUAUUUUCCCUUUUUUUUUUCGUCAUAUUAUUUUUUUACUAGAAUGGAGAGUCGGAAUAAUGCAUCAACAGUACAGCCAUUAGAAACCAUGAAUCUUUCUCAAAAGCAAAACCUGCAUGCUUCCCAUACAGACAGACUUUCUGAUACCGCUGAAGUUGUGCGUGAAGUCUCUAAAAAAAUAGGCAAGACCAAGGUAAAGUGGGAUAACCCAAGAACAGUCAUGGUGAUUACGAAACCUGGAGACGUAUCUUUAAUUACCAUGACAAGAGACUUGGCUCUUUGGUUUAUGACGACUUCAAAAGCUUGUCAAGGUGUUAAAGUAUUUGUCGAUGAAAAAUUAAAAAAUUCAAGAGGGUUCAAGUACCAAAAGAUAUUACAGCAUUAUCCUCAAGCCAAGGAAAGAUUAGGGUUUUGGACACCUGAACUAUGUGCCCUGGAACCAAAAAUGUUUGAUUUUAUCGUAACACUUGGUGGGGAUGGCACAGUUCUAUUUGCUUCCUGGUUAUUUCAAACCUACGUCCCUCCUGUCAUUCCUUUUCAUUUAGGCUCUCUCGGAUUCUUGACUCCCUUUGAUUUUGACAAAUUCGAUGUAUACUUGACAAGAGUGAUGGAGAGUGGAAUGAGAGUCAAUUUGAGAGGCAGACUUACUUGCACCGUUUAUCGAAGAGUUAACACCGAAAAUCAUAAGAAACCAUCCGUCAAGCUUAGAAAUGUGCUGCGUAAUCCGAUCACUGGUAAAAUCAAAAUAGGUGAUUGGUGUUCACCCACUACAACAAAAAAUCAGGAUAAACAGCAUCUAAAAAAGUUUGGUGAAGUGGAUGGUGAGGACUAUGAUCAUGACGAAGAAACCGACGCCCAUCAGAGUAAUUUAGACGAUAACACCGAGGAUGAUUUUGCUGAACAAAGACAAAUCCCAUGUUUCACAACUAUACCCGUGGAAAAAUACCAAGUCAUCAAUGAUUUAGUUGUCGAUAGAGGACCUAGUCCUUAUAUGAGUUUAUUGGAGCUGUUUGGCGAUGAUAAACAUCUGACAACCGUCCAGGCUGACGGUUUAGCCAUAUCAACACCGACUGGAAGUACAGCGUAUUCCUUGUCAGCCAAUGGUUCAUUGACUCAUCCCGAAAUUCGUGCCACACUCAUUACACCCAUUUGUCCUCACACACUAUCCUUCAGACCAACUUUAGUUCCAGAUUCGAUGGAACUUCGCAUUUGUGUACCGUUCAAUUCUCGAAAUACGGCAUGGGCUAGUUUUGACGGACGUGGAAGGAUCGAAUUGAAACAGGGGGAUCAUAUUAAAGUAACGGCAUCAAAGUAUUCUUUCCCGACCGUUUGUAAAGAGGAUCAAGCUACAGAUUGGUUCAACUCAUUAUCAAAGUGUUUGCAUUGGAACAAACGUCAGCGACAAAAAUCAUUUGCAAUUGUAGAAUCUAAUCGUGGUAUGGAUAAAAGUACACCACCUACACCCAAACAUACAACAUCACAUCAUCAUGGAAUGUCCAUGACCUCCAUGAAUCAAAUCAAUACUGCACGUAAGAAAGGAUUUGCAUCCAAUAACCAGAGUAGAUCAUCGUCUCCACCACUAUCACAAAAGAAAUCGCCCACAGAACCAUCCUACACAUCCUCUUCAGACGGAUUACAUGAUGAAGUGUUUGCCAUGUUUAUAGAAGAUGAUUAUCAGGAUGAUUCUGAAGAAGAAGAGGACAUAGAACAUGUUAAUGAAACAGACUUUUUCGGUUCCGAUGAUUCUGACGAUGGUUCAUCGGUAGAGGAUGGUUUCGGUGGUUGGACUGAUCAAGAGAUUAUCAAGGCUCGAUUUGCCAGUAAAAUCAAUCAAGAACUGGAACUUUUAUCCCUAUCCAAAUCUAUCAAAUAAUAAUCAUAAUAAUACCACCUUUUUUAAGAAAAAAAACUUAUAUCUUUUUGCUUUUAUUUAUAUCAAUUUGAAUAAAACUUUGUAAUAUUUUGGUGGAUAGCGUCGAUCCACUGUACAACACCAGCCAAUGAAAUAUAACCAGUGGGCCCAUUGACAGCUGUCAUAAACGGAAUAGUCGCAUUGAUACGGGACGCGAAAUUUUCUGCAGUCGCUUUAUCCAUAUCGCCUGGAAUGGCAUUUCCUAAAACCGCCUCAAUGACAGAUGUCGUGUCACCUUCGCUUGUACCAGGCGUUUGCUCGGCCAUGAUACUUUCUCCAGCACGUACCAACCCUUGAUCCCACGCAACGUCUUCAGAAAUCAUAUUGACUAAAUCACUAAU